CAUAUGUGUUGCAAAAUUCAAUUUGCAAUGUAAUAUGCAAAAUGGAAAUGCAAUAUGCAAAAUGGAAAUGCAAUAUUCAAAAUGGCAAUGUAUUUCUGUAUUUAAAUUUACAUUUUCCAUUACUCACAUGUGCUAAGUUUGGUGCAGAAGGAAAAUGAAAAUGAAAUUAUAUUAUUUACAUUUGCCAUUUCCAACAGCAGUCUUAAUAUGUAAAGUGCAUACUUUUUAACGCUUUAUAAGUAGCGAAAUUGAAAUGAAAAUGUAUAACCCAAAUUGAUUUGAUAUGUGUAACAUGUUCAAGCAAAAAUAGUAGCAAAAUGAUAAUUUAAAUGUUAUUUGACCUAAAUGCAUUUAGACUAACAGUUAGGACACUUACGAUUGCAUUUUCAUCAUGACGCCGUGGGAUAUUUGUAGCAAAAUUCAGUGCGUCUUUGAAAAUGCAUUCCGAGCUGACCACGCCCACCCUCAGUCAAUCAUUGCGUCAAGGCGGGGAUUGGCGGAAGCGUGUUACGUUUAGAUCGUUCGAAACAUGGCGGCUGGAGAUCUGCUAAGAUCGUUGAAUUCACUGGCAGAUGAAGUGGAGCGUGAACAGAGAAAUAGUGGUGUUUCAGAAGAGUUUUACGUGUAUGUAGGUGACAGAACUAAAUCAAUAUUGGAGCGUCUUGCAGAAUUGUCGGCCUUAACUGGCCUCGACACUCGUUUCGCUGCUGAACCCUUGAAGGUGGUGGAAGAGCGAUUAUCUUCUUCUCUGCCGAGGGGAGUGGGACGACCGGCCGUGGAGAUCCCCGACGAGGCCAUAGAGGGGUAUCUUAUGUAUGGUCUUAAAGUUGAAGACAUCGCGGCCUUGUAUGGAGUUAGUCGCUGGACGGUACAUAGACGAAUGCAACAGUGUGGACUAAGAGUAUCAGAGUUGUACUCUGACAUUAACGAUACAGACCUGGAUAGUUUGAUGUUGGAAAUUCAAAGGGAACACCCACAGUGUGGAUACCAUAUGAUGAGAGCUUUUCUCCAAGCAAGUGGGCAUUUGAUUCAGUUUGUUAGGGUUCGUGAGUCACUACUAAGAGUGGAUCCCGAGGGAACUCAACUCCGAGCCCUGGCUAACCGGACGCUUCAUCGCAGACAGUACUCCGUUCCUGCUCCGAACUGCAUGUGGCAUAUUGAUGGAAAUCAUAAAUUAAUACGCUGGCGAUUUGUGAUCCAUGGAGGUAUAGAUGGAUUUAGUCGUCUUAUAGUAUAUCUGAAUGCUGCUACUAACAAUAAGGCGACCACUGUGCUUGAUGCCUUCCUUCGUGCUGUUAGCCAGUUUGGCUUGCCCUCCCGUGUUCGUUCAGAUAAAGGAGGAGAAAACAUUGAGGUGGCUCAUUUUAUGGUACAGAACCGUGGAGAAAACCGCAACUCUCACAUCACUGGAAGAAGCGUUCACAAUCAGAGGAUUGAACGUCUUUGGCGAGAUGUUAACACACAAGUCCUCGAUUUGUUCCAUAUGUUGUUUUUCCAUUUGGAAGUGACUGGAUUCUUGAAUCCUGAUGAUGAGAUCCACCUCUUUGCUCUGCAUUGGGCAUUUUUGGCCCAGAUAAAACAUCAGCUUAACACUUUUAAAGAAGCAUGGAACUUGCACAGGCUGAGAACUGAGAAUGGUCGCUCUCCAUACCAACUUUGGCUGCAAAACAGAGAGGCUGCCGAUGAUCUGGAAACUGUUAAUGAUGACUAUGGUGUUGACUGGGAUGGACCACAUGCCGUGGAAGAUGCAGACUGCAUUUCAAUCCCAGAUGUAGAGUUACCACGACGUCUCACUGCAGAGGAGUUGGCAGGUCUUCCGAACCGGGAAAUGCCACUAAAUGAGGCAAUCGAUGCCUACAUGAGCACAGUAGCCCAAUUGACAGGGAUUUUUAGACAUUGAAC